AGAGCCGGGCUGAGCCGCCGCGGGCGCCACGCGAGUCCGCCGCCACUGCGCCAGGCCAUGGGCCGCGGCCACUGAGGGCUUCCCGGGCCAAGCGCGGAGGUGGGAGCGAGCAGCGCCUUUGCGGCUAGCCGCGCCAAGAUGCCCCGCGGCUUCCUGGUGAAGCGCAACAAGAAGUCCACGCCCGUGUCCUACCGGGUUCGCACCGGCGAGGACCACGACCGCACGCUGCUGCUCUCGCCUGGCUGUGGGGGCGCCCGCGCCGAGCAUCCUACGCCAAGACCCGGGCCCGGGCCGCUGCCGCCGCCGCCGCCGGCCGAGCGCGCCCAUGCGGUGCUUGCCGCUGCGCUCGCCUGUGCGCCUGGCCAGCCGCCGCCCCCGCCGGGCCCGCGGGCCGCCCACUUCGGCAACCCAGAAGCAGCGCACCCGGCGCCGUUGUACAGCCCCACGCGGCCCGUGAGUCGCGAACACGAGAAACACAAAUACUUCGAGCGCAGCUUCAACCUCGGUUCGCCAGUCUCAGCCGAGUCCUUCCCCACGCCCGCCGCGCUGCUCGGGAGCAGCGGCGGGCACGGUGGGCACGGCGCGGGCGGCGGCGGUACCUGUGGAGGCGACGCAAUGCUCUUCGCGCCUACGGAGAUCAAGAUGGGCGCUACGUUCUCGGGGGGCGCCGAGGCAGCCCGAGGGCCCGGGCCCGGGCCCUCACUUGUCCCUGCCGCCGCCCUGCGGCCCCCGGGCAAGCGGCCUGCGCCCCCAGCCGCUGCCGCUGUGGAGCCCCCCGCCAAGGCAGUCAAGGCCCCAGGCGUGAAGAAACCCAAGGCCAUUCGCAAGCUGCAUUUCGAAGACGAGGUGACCACUUCGCCCGUGUUGGGACUCAAGAUCAAGGAGGGCCCGGUGGAGGCGCCACGGGGCCGUGCAGGGGGCGCGACGCGGCCUCUAGGCGAGUUCAUCUGCCAGCUGUGCAAGGAGGAGUACGCCGACCCGUUCUCAUUGGCGCAGCACAAGUGCUCGCGCAUCGUGCGCGUGGAGUACCGCUGUCCCGAGUGCGCUAAGGUCUUCAGCUGCCCGGCUAACCUGGCCUCACAUCGCCGCUGGCACAAACCGCGGCCCGCUCCCGCCACCGCCCGAGCGCCAGAGCCCGAAGCCGCCUCCAGGGCUGAGGCGCGGGAGGCGACCGGCGGCGGCAGCGACCGUGAUACACCAAGCCCUGGCGGCGUGUCUGAGUCUGGCUCCGAGGAUGGGCUCUACGAGUGCCACCAGUGCGCCAAGAAGUUCCGCCGCCAGGCCUAUCUGCGCAAGCACCUGCUGGCGCACCACCAGGUGCUGCAGUCCAAGGGCUCGCCUCCUGCCCCCCAGGCUGAGGACCUGCUGGCCUUGUACCCCGGGCCAGAUGAUAAGGCGCCCCAGGAAGCGGCCGGCGAUGGGGAAGUGACCGGCAUGCUGGGCCUGAGUGCGCCUGCCGAGUGCCACCUGUGCCCAGUGUGCGGGGAGACGUUCCCCAGCAAAGGCUCCCAGGAGCGCCAUCUGCGCCUGCUGCACGCCGCCCAGGUGUUCCCCUGCAAGUACUGCCCGGCCACCUUCUACAGCUCGCCGGGCCUCACGCGGCAUAUCAACAAGUGCCACCCGUCCGAGAACAGACAAGUCAUCCUCCUGCAGGUGCCCGUGCGUCCCGCCUGCUAGAGCGCUCCCUCCAUCCCGGCCCCCUGAACUGUGCCUUCGCUUGGAGACCCACAGAGAGCGCGCCCUACGCGCCUUGAACCCAAGUCUGCGCCGGGGAUGCCCACUCCCCUGUCGAAGUGUCUUCUCCGCUUCUCUCGGUGUGACGUGACGGUAACCCCGAUCCUCUCGUCGUGACUCCUUUUGGACGCCCCCUCCCCCUUUUGCGUUGUCUCCCCACUCUCCCCGGUUGGCGCAAGAGGAGCCAAUCUCUUUCUGUACAAGGGAGAAAAGCUGUACGCGUUUGUCUAGUGGUUGUUGGAAGCCUCCCGUUGGAGGGGAGAAGCUGUUUUUCUUGCUAGUAUUCGCUGUGUUCAUGGUUUAGAAAUGCGGUUUGCUCUUGCCUACCACUCUCUGCUCUCUAUGUAUGUAGCGUACGGGUUAUUUUGGGUGAAUCUUGAGGAAUAAAUGCCUUUAUAUUUCACAGGCUGUAAAUUUAACUUCCCACACGAUUAGCUUUAUUAUGGCUUGUGAACUGCUGGAGUCUGGCUUUACCUUUUUGUAUGUGAACAAAUCAGAUUGCUUAAAAAAGAGUUUUCUUUAGUAUAGCCACAAAUGCCUUGAACUGUUUGUUGUCUGUUUGGGAUUUUUUUGGGGGGGGAGGGAAGGGAAUUUCAAAAGAUGCUGUAGAAACUGCCUCAAUAUUUCAAAUAAGAUUUUUUUUGGUUUGAUCAUCUUUAUUGAGGUAGAACUAUAUGAGUUUUAUCUAAAUGUAUAUGUUGAUUUAUGCAUAAUUGUUAUUUAUUCUUUAUUUAUUUAUAUUAAUUAUGAAUAUUAUGAUAUUAUUUGAUUAAGGAUUUUUUGGUGAGCUUUUUCCCCCUGCCACUCUUGACAUUUCACUGUGCAUUUUAGAAAAGAGCCUUUUUCUAAAGGGAUCUGCUGAAAGUUUUAACUUUUAUAUCUAUCUGAGCAAAUUACAGACAACCUACCAUUUUAUUCUGCUUGGAGGGCACCUGAGGCCCUUGUACAAUUGACAGCUCUUACUUUUAAAUGCAAUCUCUUUUCUACACACAUUAUUUUCUUAAUUGUUAGCUAUUUAUAGAAAGCUUCAAUAGAACUGUUUUGACUGUAUAACUAUUUACUAUUGAAAUAAAAUAUUUUCAAA